GAUAGUGAAUUUAUGGCUGACUUAAUAUGUUGGGCUCCAACCCCCAAAGAUGGCCUAUCCUAUCCAACUCAUAUCGCCCAUUGAACCUUCGCUACCUCAAAAUUUCCUCCCUUUUUUAUUCCUUUUUUGCUUCUCUGACCUCAGUGAGCCAAAGCCAUGGCUUCUGCUGCUGCUGCUGCGAAGCAGCUUCUCUACCCGUCACGCAGCACCUCACUCGUGCCACGCUAUUCUCCAUCGGUUCCGUUCAUUUUUAGGACAGUCGUGUUUAAUAGAAACUACAAUCGGGUGUUUCAAUUAAGUGAAUUUUCCGGCGAUCGGAUUCCGACUGUUGUUUCCAAAGCAUCGUCGGAGAGUGACAGCAUUGUCCAAACCGACGAUAGCGAUGAUGGGGUUUCUCUUGGAACCAUGAAGUUACCAUUGGAUACCGACAUCCCAAGAUUCGAAACUCUGCUCUUCCAGUGGGCAAACAGUCUUUGCCAAGGAGCCAAUCUGCCUCUUCCUGUGCCUUUGAAGGUGGAUAAAAUACCAGGUGGUGCCAGAUUGGGGUUCAUUACAAUUGGAGAUGGCAAGACAGAAGUUCUUGUCUACAUAGAUUGUCUGGUUUUUCCGGCAGCUGAAGGAUCAGGUCCAAUUUUCCGAGCUAUAAGGAAUGGAAAGUUGAAAGAUCAGGCUCCUCCCGGUGAGCCGAGAAUCAUGAGGAGCCUUCUGCAGGCACUCAAAAAGUCUGUUGAAAUUGCUAGAGUGUAAAUUUGUAAUUGGGUGUGCCAGAGAUGCCGCAGUUGUUGCAAUCACUUCUAAUGUGCCUAAUUAAGAUAAUAUAGCUUAGCAUCUGUUAUGUCAUCUUGUAUUUUACUUAUUCAAUAAACUUCCAAUAAAAUGAUUUUUGUUACACUCCUCUAA